AUGUCUUCAGCUGCUCAAAUUCUUCAAAUGUUAAUGUUCAGCGUAUUCUCAUCUAUCAUCGGCGCUGCUAAACCACCAAGUUUCCGGCCAACUGAUUAUUUUGAUGCUGAUACGAUAAAUCGAUUGAAAAUAUUGGAUAAGCCAAUGGAUGAAUGGAAUACGGAAUAUAAUUAUGGCAGAAAUUAUAAACAUUCUGAAGGUCGAGAAUGGGGUACUGGCUAUAAUAAACAAUACGGUAACGAAGAUAUGUUGAAAAAUUUGUAUGAGGAAGCAAAGAAGCAAAGCGGAAAAUUACCGAAAGCAGAAUCGAUACAACGAGUUUUAGCUAAUGUCCGUGAUCCUAGAACUGAGGAGAAGCAUCAAGGAAGCAUGCUACGAUCCAAUAUUCUGAAAAAGCAAUUUCAAAAGAGGACCGAUAGUAAGGUGAAAAAUUGGUAUAAUUGGCCUAGCAAAAAUUUAACUUGGCCAAAUUGGACACCCAAAAAGAAUCCCUAUGAGAGGCAAUUGAUACCAUGGUGGAAUAGUGAUGAUGAACAAGUACACAAAGCAAAAAAAGUUGAAAGAUUUAUGGUUGAUAGAGUUAUUCCAAAACCAAAGCAAUUCUUCUGGCCUGGUUCGAUAGGUUGGACAGGUGAUUUAGGCCCAUUUAGUGAAAUACCAACUCCGCCAUGGCUUACCAAUGAAUGCUGCUUCAUGUAUGUCUAA